UUCACUUCAGUAGAUGAUUUAUUUCUAGUAACUUGUUAAUUUUAAUUGCAUUCGGUAUGAUGUUAUCUACCUAUGAUCCAUUCAAAUUAUUAUGCUUACUUACCAGCUACUUAGCUACUCAAGUUGUCUAAACUGAACACACCCGGUGGGUAGUAGCCCGAUAUCGGUAUAAUAAGCAAUAAGCAUAUUAGGCAGCGAUGGAAAGCUGGAAAACAAUUACGUAUAAUGUCGCGGUAUAUAUGUUUUUUUUUGAAAUACGACCUCUUGAAACAUAUUUAACAGCUUAUCUUACUGGACCAGAUGGAAACGUUUCGCUUUCAGAGGUGGCUAACACGAUGGAAUCAAUCAGAUCGUAUUCAGCUCUCACUGCAACUGUCAUAAUGUUAACCAUUUCCGAAUACUUUUACAAGCCAGCCAUCAUAGCCUUUACAGUUUGCUCAUUUAUCGCCUAUAUCCUCAUGGCAGAUUUGCCAAGUUUGACACAGUUAAGGCUGGGUAUGGCCGGAAUAAGUGCAACAUCGAACACCUACAUAUUAGGUUUCAGCUAUUUGUACAGUCAAAUCAGUGACAGACAACAGUAUCAAAAAGCGACCAGCAUUGUCUCGGUCAGCUUACAGCUUGGAAUUUUUUGUGGUUCUGUAUUUUCUCAAAUAAUUUUCAGCACCACUGGAGGAAUUUAUACAAUUCUACCGUAUUGCAAUGCAUCUGCUAUGUUUUUAUCUGUAAUUAGUGCAUGUCUAUUUCCGACAAAAAUAAGACAUUCUUUUCGAAUGGUGAAUGUGCUUAACGAAAAUUCUAAACUUCUCGAGACUGGCUUAAAAAAUAAAACGGAAACUCGUGAAAAAAAUAUUGUCGCAAUGCAAUCUAUUAAGUACAAUAUUGCAAUGGAAAACAACUUGAAAGGAUUAUUAUUAAACUUUAAAACAUCAUAUUCGGAUACGGUUGUCCUAAAAAGGUCCAUUUUGUACAUAAUCAGUAUGGGAUCACAUUUUCAGAUUUUGACUAACAUGAAUGUAUUAUACUCGUACACUAUUAGUAAACCUGGUAAUCACGAUGUCUUGUUAAACGGAUACGCGGAGGCAAUGAUUAGUUUAUGCGGAGCCAUGGGUGCCUAUAUAAUAGGAAAACUGCGAUUAGAUUGGAAUUAUUACGGCGAUGCUAUUACUGCGGUUUGCUCCUCUAUCAUGGGUAUUCUUAUGAUGUCAUGUUAUUUUUAUGACCAUUUGUGUUUUAUAUAUUUAUCAUAUAUAUUAUAUGGUAUUGUUAGUCAAAUGGUAUUUGUCUCAAAUUGCUCCGAAAUUGCGAAACGAUUGAAGAAUAAUUGCUAUUCUCUUGUCUAUGGAUUUAAUUUACUUGGGUCAUUAUUAAUAUCUACUUUUAUGACAAUAUUUUUGGUUCAAAUUAAUUUCCUGGAUAUUACUAUUCCCGGGCGGUUUUUAUUCAUUGGUGGUUUAGAUGUCUGUCUUGGAGUAGGAUUUUUUUUCUUAUCGUAUCUCAGAUUGAUUAAGAUCCGACGAUGAACAACACUAUUUUGAAAUGUUGUAAGCUGAAGGAUAUUUAUUGUGUUUAUUAAUAUUAUUGUUCAACAUAAUAAAAUAUAUUUUAAUUCAUUGUAAGAAA